CGUCACUUAAAGUCUACAGCUGUCCCCAAAAAAGUAAAGUUCAGUUAAGAGUUUUUUUUUUGGAAUUAUCUGUUUUUGUUUAGAAGAAGUUGUUCGAGUUCUCCAGCCAUAUUUCGCCGUAACGUCAUCGGAAAAGAAGGGAAAAGUACCUACAAUUUGUUUUGUGAGAGUGAAAUCUAAUAUGAAAAUUCUGUUCUAAUAAGCAAAACGGCCUUAUCGUUAGUAAAUUUAUUAUUAGAAAAAAAAAUCAAGUGGUGUUGAUUGUUUGUUAUUCGGAAAGGUGCUGUUGUAAACAAAAUGAGUGUAGAACUGCCAUUGUGUACAAGAUGCUGUUUGUGCUUCCCGCUGCGAUUCGGUUUGAUUGUGUGGGGAUAUCUGCGGCUGGUAAUUUCAGCUCUAGUACUGGUAGUUGCAGAAAGAGCGUUUUCGAAGACUUUAACCUUAACUAAAACUGAAUCAGAAGUAAUCUACACAGUUUAUGUGGUUUUGCUCGGGAUACUCAUAGUAUUUACACUAGCAGACAUUUUAGUUAAUAUUCUAUUUGUUAUUGGGGGACAUAGGAAAGUUCUAAAGCUUCUCAGGGCCUACUACAUUUACAGCAUCGUCUUAUGGAUCAAAACGACAUUGGCAGGCCUCGCUCUGAUUGGUUACACCAUUUACUGGUUCUUCUUGGAAGAGAUCGAUGAAUUUCGCGUUUGGGUCCUAGUGGUUGACGUGAGCACUUUUUUGGGACAAAUGUUAAUACAAGCCUACAUGAUACUUCUCAUAAGAAGCCAGAUCAUUAAGCUGAAGAGAAUCUUUGCGUUCAGGUUUAUCAAGAACGCUAUGGACUGCGAAUGUGCCAUGGAGUCUGACGAAGAUGCUGAUGAGAUUAAUGGUGGCAAAUCUAAUAAGUUCAGCGAGGUUAAGGACACGGCUGAAUGUAUCUGCUGUGAUAAGAACACUAAUGAUUAGAUGUAUGGUUUUGUAUGCACUGGGUUGUUGUAAUAAGUUUAUGAUAAAUUAAAUAAUUUAUAUUGAUGAUGGUU